ACUAGCGUUCACGCCCGUGGCGCUAGGCGCUACGCCUUCGGAUUACGGUCUGUGACGUGUCUCGCUCUGAUUGGCUAGCUUGAGUUGUGUUAGUGGGCGCGGCUUAGCACGUGCUGCACAGUGUUACACACUGUUGAAUUGGUUCUACGAUUUACGAUCGAGCUGUGCCGAUCACUUGUUGAUUUCUGGUCUCCAGACUUUCAAUAUUAUUAAAAGUCAGCUAUUAGCGGUGCGACGUUUCGCGAUUCCGCGUAGUUCGCUAUACAUAUCGCAUAGCUCACUCCACGGGAUAGAUUCCGUUUCUGUCUCCGUAUCUGGAUCACAGUUGGAUCUAGCAUUAGAUGGUAGCAGAGCCGACAGCGGUUCUCUGAUUGAUUUGAUUUGAUUUGUCAGGCAUAUUUGGCCUGUUAUUCAACGUGUUACCCGCGACCAGCAAGGCGCAGGUCUGUUCUACAGCAAAGUGCACACCACAAGCGGUGCAAGUUCCUCAUCUGACGCGGAUUACCAGCUUUGGCUUUCGGUACAGUGUCUUCAGCGAAGACCUGUGCUAUUUCCUCAGCUGUGAAAGAGUUCAAGAGUUCAGUCGUCAGUGUUCCUCGGUGUAGAGUCUUCAGCGAAGACCUACACUGGUGUCACUGAUACUCGGCAAGGCUUCAGCGAAGCCUAAGCCGUGGGCCACAAGAGGCGAAGCGCCGAAAGGGGCGCACGGGGAAAAGACAGAUCAGACUCCUCCAAACUGGUUGUAGAGCACUACUGUUGCUACGGCACAGCCGGCACAGUAUUAGAUUAAUAGCGCGAGGCACGCUACGGAACAGCGGCGACGCGGGAACGGAGUUGGAGAAGAACUGGAUCAUCUGGAUCAUCUUUCCCGUGGAACGGACGGUCAACAGAAGGUAAGCUCAGUUAAUGGAUAGAUUGGAACGACAGAAUUCAGAGAUUUCGGAUUCGGAAAGUAUCGGAAACCCAUUAAAGACAUCGACCCCAAAGAGAAUGGAAGGCGAAUAUGAGUAUGACACCUCAUAUGGUGAAGGGUCGACGUCGUCAGUCGGAACGGCACAGAACGAACCAGGCCAAGGAGGUUAUUACGGCGGCCCGGGGUAUUAUGUGUAUCACGAUCCGGGACAGCCAACGAAUUAUCAAGACACGGUUAACUGGGUGCACCACGGCUUAUCUGCCGGAACCCAGUAUUCGGGACAAAUAACGAGCGCCCCUUAUCAAUCGCAUCCGGGAUCGUAUACCCCACUGAUGGGACCACCGCAAGUGAUGGGAUCGGCAAGAAUGUUGAUGCCGCCACCGCAACAGACUACACCGAGCCGAUUUAUGGGACACGGAGGAUUUGGCGGAAUGUUAGCGACUCCAGUGCAGUCACAAAGGGCGUCGCCGAUCUUGCCACCCUUCCCGGAAACAGGAGGUUUGUCACUAUCGGACAUUGGAGCACCGCGUUUGAGGACGCCACAGCAAUUGGGAGCGCAAAGACCUCAUCGGAACUCGCCACAAAAAGGAGGGAGGCGAGGAGGAAACCGGUUCGAUUCACCACGACCGCGAGGCGUACUGCCGUCGCUGGGCCCAAAUUUGGAGCAGGUCGGACCAGAUGGUCUACGGGUAACGCCCCCGGGUGAACCAACGGUGCAUGAUUAUUCACCGAAACUCCCGCUAGAUAUGAAAGACGAUGAUGCGCGAUUAAACGUGAUAGUGAGUACCGAAGAAGGAUUGACAGCGGCUGAUACAGCGGCCAUCCAGGAUUUCAACCGUAUGUGCCGGGAUCUUUAUAGAAUCCAUAUGCGAGUCGAGGACGAACAUGCAUUCUAUGGAAGAUUAAUGAGCCUGGAUGCGAUCAUUGAAGCAGUCCAUAUCGCCAUGAAGGAAAAAACUAAAGUCAUCGAGGUCAAACGUAAAGAGUUGGCGAUCAGAAUCGCCUCGAUGAAACAGUACCAUCCGGCCUUAACCAAUAGAAAUUGGCCACCGAUGAUCGAGAAGAUACAGAUAUUCCUUAAGACGAUUCCUAAAGAAAGGGGACACCUGACAAGCAGCGUGGCGGGCCCAUCACAGGCAUUAGUUCAAGCACCCGUAGAGGAGAUGUCGGAUAGCGUCCUCCUAGACGCGAAGCGAAAAAUCGAGGCGGAACUCACCGAACGAGCAGAAAGGUCACGAGCCAGCUCUACUGCAGGGUCGAUACGCGGACGUACUAGUUCGGUCACGGAGCCAUCUAGCGGGACCGUGAAAAGCGGAAAAAGAGUAAGGUCACCGACGACAAGUCCAAAGGAAAGUGAUAAGAAAGAGCAGCGGACGAAAAAGGUCACGACGAGUAAAGCACCGAUCCCGGUGGGUAGAAAGAGUGCACCACCCACGCCGUCGGAUCCAGAAGCUGUUUCAGUUCGAUUCCCAAAAUGUCGGACUUUUACAGUUAAGUACACCGGAACUGACCAUAACGAACGAAAAGUCACCGCUCGGAUAGUCGAUAAAAGGACGAAUAAGGAGAUCGACUCGUACAAUCCUCUAGCGGAUAAAUCAGUUAAAACCGAGAUUGGGGAAAGGUCAAAGACAGAAGUCAAUGAGGCCUUACAGUUCAUUCCCCCGGAAGAGCGUCAUAAUCCGAGAGUUCUGAUUCAGAUGAUGAAACACGUGGUGUCCAAAGUCGCGAUUGAAGAAAAUGCGUGGAUCCGUAUUAAAGUGGGCACAAAUGACGACCACCUGGCAUACACAUACACAGUGGAUGGGAAAUUGCUGACGAAAGAGAGAGUUCGGCCAAAAUCGACAGCAGAUCCAGACCCGAAUAAGCGAACAUUGGACGAUUACGAGUCGACCAUGAAGUAUACCGAUGGAACGUGCAGAAAAGUGACAUUGACAAUCCACUUCGGCGAUGGGACAACGGAGUGUAUAACCGCGGUAAUCGUUGACCCGAUCACAGGAGAUCCGAUCCCAUACGCUCCAUGGGACGUGUCAGAAGAAAGCGCCGAGCACGCCAAUCGGGCAGCACUUGAACAACUGUGGAAUUUGAUACCAGUAAGCGAACGUCAGGAUCCUUUAGUUCAGGCGAAUACGCUGAUCAGUAUGAUGCGACAUCGAGCGGAGAUAGACGAAGCUCAUUUCCGACUCACAAGAAAAAUGGAAAACGGAGCGUACAAGACGGUGUUUUAUGACGCAAAGAAAAACCCCUUAUGGGAGAUCGUCACACAGGGACAAACGAAAGAAACACCGCACUUGGAAGGUCAGGCCCUAGACCCGGCACAAGAAGGUGGAGCCGGAGAGAUGGCAGAGGCCUCCGUAGCCGAAAAGGCAGGAACGGAGAGUACCCGGAGACCAUCGGAACUGGACGAAUCAGAAGAGGAGGAAGCUAACGAUGAUUCGGCAGAGGAACAGACCGACGAAGACGACGACAGGGCCGAGGAGCCCGAGGAAGAUAAACAGCCUCCAAAAGUGGUCGUUAAACCGAGGAAAGCGGCUAAACUAGAAGAGGCCAUGAACCGUGAGAAGGUCAAGAAAGGUGAAUUCCUAAAGAAACGGAAGGAAGAAGAAGAUAAGAAGAAAAAGAGUGGUGAUGAAAGCGAGAGUACGAGCGCCCGGAAGAAAAAGGGAGACAGAAAGAAGAAAGACGAACCGUCGUCCCAUGAUGUCGAGAUAUUGAAUGAAUCAGUCGGUGAAGCGGAAGAAAGGUCAUCCGUACCUAUCAUUCCUAAGAAAUUUGUUAUCGAAUCGGCGACAUCAAAAUCAAAGGUCACCGAGCCUGAGCCGUCAACAUCCAAAGGAAAGGUCAUAGCUGUGAAACAAAUUGUUCCAGUCGUCAUCUCGGCAUCUACUCCGAAAGAGCGUAGGGAAAAAGGAAUGCGAGAAAAGGCAAAACGAGAGACGUCUCGUGAAUCGGAAGCAUCGGAAGUGAGCCUUCCAAGUACUUCGACGGUUAGUACGAGGUCACACAUGGACCCGAAAACGAUUAGACCCAGAACCGCGGAGCCAGGAAGCCUAGCGGAGGCUCUUGAGAGAGGGAAAAAAGCAAAGAGCGAACCGGCAAAGUUGAAAAAGAAAGGAAAAGAGGCCAUGAAAAUCGACGCAUUGGCAAUGGCCAAUUACAUCGAACCGGAUGGAGAAAGUGAACUCGAUUACUCGGGAGAUGAAGCAGAAUUCGAAGAUCCAGACAGUGAUAAUAUGACCACGAUUGACGAAAUUAUUGAUGCGUUCAAUGGAGCGGAGAAGCACUUUACACGAGUAAGAACUACAUCAGUAACGUCCAAAUUCAGAACGGGUUUAAAGAAAUACCUGAGGAAGGAUAAACACCGUAGUUUUACCAAACAGAAAUUCGAUGUGGUAUUGGAAUACGCUCGGAAUGCGGGGAAACUUCUCCAGAAACAUCCGAAUUUCGCGUAUAAGGCUAAACUAUUCAGACCGUCAAGCUCGGACAAGUCGCUGACGACUCCAAAUGAAGACACCUCAAUGCGAGUAGAAAGGGCAGUCGCGGGAAUGACAAGCCCGUUGGGGUCAACGAGUCACCGGAUCAGCCAAUACAUUAACGCCGUGUGGAAUGACGGAAAGGGACUGAUAAAGGAAAUCGACACGGCCACUGAACGCGUGUUGCCCAGGAUGAUAAAACAGAACAUCCUCUCUACAACAAACGCACAUAAAGGUUACCCGAUUCGAUAUACGAGAGUAGGCCUGAUACCGCCGGAAAAACAAGUCCACUGUCAUAUGUCCGAGAGUCAGGAGAUGGAUAAGGUGCCAUCGAGUGGAGAUCUAACAACUCCCAUACUGAAUCGGAUCGCGCAGUUAACAGCGGAGGAAGAAACAGUUCGGAUUAAAGCACAAGCACCGAAAGUGUCGAAAAAGAAGGGACCCAUGGAUACUGAAUCGGAAGAAAGUGACGAUGACAAAUCAGCCCAAACGCCUUUGGAACCGGCGACAGAAAAGCCUAAAGGUCAAGAGACAUCUGGAACUGAGACGGAAGAAACUCAACCGAAAGGUCAUGGGACUUCAGAAAAACGGGAGAAAGAAAAGGUCAUGCUCCCAAUGGACAAGGCAGCGGCAGAAGCAGAAGCUGCAUCUGCGCGACAGGUGUACCAGAAAUCAUUGUUCACACCAUUGAAGGAGGCUUUUGAGAAAGAGCGGCCGAAGUCAGCAGAUGAAGUGGGAGGUCACGAGACUUUACCACAGAAGGAGAAAGCUGAUGAACCGAAAUCGGCACAGUCAUCAUCUGGUUCAAUGGCGAGAUUGAGGAUUGACGAAAUGGAGAGAACAGAAGCAACGGACUCGGCAAUAUCCCCCCAGAAAACGGAGAAUAGCGGUACAAAAACGAAAGAGCCGACGGAUUACACGUUAGGAGCACCGUUGGAUGUUAAUAACCGGACAUGGAACGAAGUCCAGGCGGCGAUUCAGAUUACCAGAGAACACGAGAUGCUUGGGACGGAACUGAAAAGACAAGUCGCCGAAAAUUCUAAAGGAAGAUCGUCACUCAGCAUGAGUGAGCGAGUCCUGAAACGAGCGUAUAAGGAAGGAAAGUUGGGAUGCAAAUAUAACAAGGACAACAAAGUCAUUUACUACCUACCGAAACAGGGCACGGACCGCACACCCAGACUUAAAAUGGAGCUGGAGAUUUAA